AUGGCGGCGCUUCCCCGGGCAGAAGAGCGCCUCCUCGCCGCCGACAGUCACGUCCUCUUCCCGAACGGCCGGCCUCCCAUCGCCGGAAGAGCCGGGAGGAGGCGGGGCCGCCGGGCGGCUCGGCGGGCGGUUCGCUCAGCUUCGGUAUUUGAGGCAGAUUCGCUGUCCGGCCGGCGCAGCCGGCGCAGCCGCCGCAGGGGGAAAAGCAAGGGACGAAGGAAGGAACGGGAGGAGGAAGUGAGCGACAAAGGGGGACGGGAAGGGCAGCUAGCUGUUCGGACCCGCUUUCAGGCGCCGCAGGUCCGGGUCUCGGCCAGGCCCUCCCGAGGCGCAGCCGCCAGACCAGUGGAGCCGGGGCGCGGGCAUGCAGGGGCGCGGGGCGAGGAUGCCGGGCGGGGGAUGCAGGGACUCGGCGCAGUCCCCCCUCCCGCUCCCGAGAGCGAGGAGAGCGCCGCCCACCGCUGUUUCUCAUCUCUGCCUGUGGAGUCAGGGCGCCAAGCUGCUCGGGCUUUGCCUGGUUCGGUGGGCAGAAACCAGGGAUCCCGGGCAGCAGCCGUAGUCGCCGCCUGGGGCCAAGCACCACAGUGCAUCUUGUCCGGAAUCCAGUGGAAGAGGAGUCGUUCUUGGAGAUGGAACAACCCCACGACUUCACAGCCUCGAAUGCGCAGUAUGACCAUCAGUGGACCGUUUCAACCAUCCAACAACCAAGGGGAGCUGCCAGAGAGUCAAGCAGUCUCAUUCCAGAUGCCAAAAGCAACAGAUGGCAAUCCACCCAACGCAUCAGUGGCUCUUAAACCUCUGAAGUCAACGACAUCACUCCCACGCUGGUUUUUUAAAGGAAAAGAGAGGAAUAGCAAUGUGAAGAAUUCAAAACAAAAAUAAAACCUACAUUUCGAGCAGGUCA